AUGAUUCUCUACUGUGCUAUAGCAAUUGUGCUUUCUGCACCGAUUGAUCCUCGUGUACUUGAAGCUCUAUAUGAUUGGAGGCAUUUGGUAUUUCUCGCUGCAAGGCUUCCUCAGAUUUGGAUGAACUUAAGAAGCAAAAGCACUGGUCAGCUUAGUUUCUGGACUUGUUUGAUGAACUUGGUUGGAUCCAUGGCGAGUACUUUCACCAGCAGCCUUGAGGUGAAUGCUUCGUUUAGUAUGGUUUUGGGUCUUGUUCUUUUGGUCUUCGCCGAUGGAAUCAUCAUGAGUCAGAUUCUCUUGUAUCGCACAAAAGGAAAAGAAGAAGAAAAUGAUUCCAUGAAAAGAAAAAAAAAACUUUGCAAAUUGGUAAUUGUAAAAAAGAUUAGAUGA